AACUGUUGGCCUUGAAGCACACCGCGCGCAUUUCGUUAUCUCACGUUAACUAGUUGUAGUAUGGACCAGAAAAGUACAGAGCCAAUACCAGUUAGGAAAGUUACUGUUAAGGACAUAUCGCAAAUACCACCGAAUCAUGGUACUACUCCAGGUGGAACUUUAUUCAGUACUACACCAGGCGGCACUCGUAUUGUGUAUGAACGUGAUUUUAUUCUCAAUUGUCGUAAUUCACCGGUUGCUCGAAGCCCAAUGCGUGAUUUGAUAUUAUUACCAGAAAUAGAUCCAUCAAGUGUGAAUAAUGGUAAAGAAACUCACUUGCCUAGCAAUCAUGAAACAAAGAAUUCUCCACCCGCAAAGAGUAAAGAAACUGCUCACAACAAAGGUGAUGACUCACCGUUCGAAAUGGAUGUAUAAGUGCGAACUUUUGAGUUUGUUGUAAACAAACUAUAUAUAUGUACGAAUUGUAAUAAGUUUUGUCUGUAGCAGAUAUUAAUUCAGACACAACACAUACACAUUUGCCUAUUUUUGCACCCAAUAAUCUUUGUACAUGAAUCAUGUUUAAUCACGAAUAAAAUAAAUUGUAAAUGUACUUUAGUGGGUAUUUUCUAUGUAUUGCG